AUGUCUUAUUACAGAGCAUGCUUCUCCAUAGCUGGUGAUACCCUUUCUCCAGGUCACUCUCUUUCUUUUUCAAAGAGAGAGACCAUAGUAUCUAAAGGGGGCACUUUUGAGCUCGGUUUCUUCCAACCAGGAACUUCAUUAAAAAUCUACCUGGGCAUAUGGUACAAAAUGUUUGUUCCAAAGGAAGUUGUUUGGGUAGCAAACAGAGACACCCCUUUGUCUGACCCAUCUUCCUCAAGACUUGACCUCUCAGAAGAUGGCAAUCUACUCCUGUUUCAAGGUUCCUCCUGGAUCCCAGUUUGGUCGACAAAUUUGACAUUUCCCGGGUCAAAUUUAACUGAAGCAGUACUUGGUGAAGAUGGGAAUUUGGUUUUAAGAGAUGGGUCGAACCAGAGUCGUAUAUUUUGGGAGAGUUUCAACCAUCCAACGGAUACAUGGCUGCCAGGUUCAAAGGUGGGAAUCAAUAAGCUCAUUUCAUGGAAAAAUUCAGAAGAUCCAGCACCUGGUGUGUUCUCAUUUGGGUUAGACCCAAAUGGAAGCAAUCAAUAUUUCUUAGAGUGGAACAGAUCCCAAAUCUAUUGGAGUUCUGGAGUUUGGAACGGAAGAUCUUUCAGCUCAGUUCCUCAAAUGAACGGAUUGAGUUCUAUCUUCAACUACACUUUUGUGCCAAGUAAAAAUGAAAGUGAAGCAUAUUUUACUUACUCUUUUCGUAAUCCUUCUUACAUUUCUAAAUGUCGGAUUGACUUCAGAGGACAGUUGAGGUUACUGGCGUGGUGGGGCACGGGCCCUUGGGAAUGGAGUGUAUUUUGGUCUGCGCCGUGGAACCUUUCUGAUGUCUUUGCUUUGUGUGGUGCAUUUGGCGUGUGUCGUGACAAUCUCUCAAACCCUUGUGAGUGUCUAAGAGGUUUUGAACCAUUUUCGGUGACAGAUUGGUCAGGUGGGUGUGUGAGGAAAUCCCCUUUGCACUGUGAGAAUAAUACGUAUGCUAAUGGCAAGAAAGAUUGGUUUCUGAAAAUAUCAAACAUGCAAUUGCCCGUUUAUUCGAAAGCAUAUUUGGCUGUGAAUGCUAGCAGAUGUGAAUUGGCUUGCAUGGAAAAUUGUUUUUGCACAGCUUAUGCUUAUAAUAGGAGUGGGUGUAUGAUAUGGGAAGGAGCUCUUUUUAACUUACGUCAACUCUCAGAUGGUGGCGAGACAAGACAAGAUAUCUAUCUCAGACUUGCUGCUGCUGAGUAUCAAAAUACCAAAGGCAAAAAAUGGAAAGUAUUGGUAGUUGUGCUGGUCCCUACAGUAGGGCUUCUCGUAUGCCUCUUCAUUUGUUUUUCAAGCAAAAGAAAGCUCAAAUGCAUAGGAGAGAAGGCUUCAAGCAAUAAUCUACUAUUAUUUGAUUUCGAUGCUGAACUCUAUGUAAUCGAUGAUGGAAUGAACACUAGCAAUAAUCUAAAGAGAAGAGAGAAGGAUGCUGAGUUACCACUAUUCAGUUAUAAGAGCGUAUCAGCUGCAACCAAUAAAUUCUCAAAUAUGAAUAAGCUUGGAGAAGGAGGGUUUGGUCCUGUUUAUAAGGGAAAAUUACUUCAAGGGAAGGAAAUUGCAGUAAAGAUGCUUUCAAAAAGAUCUGGACAAGGAAUUGAGGAGUUCAGAAAUGAGACAAUACUAAUAGCAAAACUUCAGCAUAGAAAUCUUGUCAGAAUCUUAGGUUGUUGUAUUGAGCGAGAUGAAAAGAUAUUAAUAUAUGAGUACUUGCCCAAUCAAAGUUUGGAUUUCUACCUUUUUGAUCAAACUAAGAAAAAGAUGUUAGAAUGGGGGACACGCAUACGCAUUAUUGAAGGAAUUGCUCAAGGGCUUCUUUAUCUUCAUCGAUAUUCAAGGUUACGAAUCAUACAUAGAGAUCUAAAACCCAGUAACAUUCUCUUGGAUUGUGAAAUGAAUCCAAAAAUAUCAGAUUUUGGGAUGGCUCGAAUAGUUGGAGACAAUGAAACGCAAGCAAACACACAUCGAAUUGUCGGAACUUAUGGCUAUAUGUCUCCCGAAUAUGCUAUGGAUGGUUUGUACUCGAUAAAGUCUGAUGUGUUUAGCUUUGGAGUAUUAAUACUAGAGAUUGUGAGUGGCAAGAAGAACACUGGCUUCUAUAACAGCGAGUCACUCAAUCUUCUUAGAUAUGCAUGGGAGCUGUGGAAAGAUGAUCAAAUUUUGGAGUUAAUGGAGUCAACAAUAGGGUAUCCUUCUUCAACUUCUAUUAUAUUGAGAUUCAUUAACAUUGGCCUUCUUUGUGUCCAAGAAAGCCCGACCGAUCGACCUACUAUGCCUGAUGUAGUCUCAAUGAUUAGCAAUGAACAUGCACCUCUACCUACACCCAAGCAACCUGCUUUUACAAGAGGUCGGAAUGUGAUCGACACAAAUUCAACAAUUGACAAUCCAGAAAUUUGCUCAAAAAAUAGUUUAACUAUUUCAACAAUGGAAGCCCGAUGAAUGAUUCCAAUAUCAAUGCAAAUAAUGUUGUAGAACUAAACUCUCUGUCUGAUUUGUAUGUGCAUUGAUAUGCUACAUAUAUAUACUUGUUUAAAUGUUGUCUUAGUUCAAUCUUA